CAUUACAACAAAAAUUUUAUUUUCUUUUGUUUUUUAGCAUUUUUGUUUGUUAUCCUUUUGUUUCCAAACAUCCAUGACAAUGUCUCAAGCAAAACAGAAUGCUAAACAGCAAAAGGCGAUCAUUCCAAAGAGGAUGAAAAGAAAAGCUGAAGAUCUCAGUCGUAUAAGUAAUGUCCUCAGUAAACUGAGUAUUAGGGAUCAGUUGAGUUUAGAGCAAAACUAUCGCGAUAUACCGAAAACCUGCACUUCAGUUUGGCGUGCCCACGAAAAGCAUUUGGAUCUACGAAAUAUCGAAGGAAGAUUAAGUGGAGAUAGUUUGAAAAUAUUCCUACAAGCCAUGUGGCGAGAUUUUCAUCGUGUGUACUUUGACAGUGAUCGCUUGCAAGAGGAAUUGAAUAUUUUGGAGAGCGCCGGUAUAGAUUCUCUUCCUGGAGUACAAUAUGCCGAAAUCAGUUGGAACGGAGAACAGACAAAAAAAUACUAUCCACCCCAAUGGCCAUUGCACGCGUUGCCCAAAUUAUUAAAAGGUCUGCGUCGCCUGAAAGUCCAUUCGCCUGUUCAGGUUUGUUUCAUCGAACAAUUCCCUAAAUUGGAAUACCUAACGCUGUACGAUGAGGUGAAUACGAUAGCCAUGCGGGCCAUUCUGGAUGGUGGAUGUAAGCGGCUAAAACAUUUGCAUUUUUUGGGCAAACAUACGGACCAUCAACUGCAAGGCGUCUCAAAGUGUGGCAGCCAAUUGAAGGAUUUGGUCUUCACUGUCGAAACAUUUUUGUCCAGUUGGGAGGAGAUACUUUUAUUACCAGAGCUUUUGGUUCUGGAACUCAGACCCAAUGAGAAUGUGGCACGAACAAUUGAGGCCAUGUCGCAUGUGGUACGAACAAAAGGCCAGCAAAUCAAAAGUUUACAGAUUAAUUGCCAUUUACUGGACUCUCCGCUAUCCGAUUGUCUUGGCCAACUGAAUCUCAAGGAACAUUGUCAUCAUUUUGGUGGUCUAGUAUUGACGCAAAGUAGAUUCAACGAUAUGGAUAUUAGUGCCUUGAAAUUGCCUCCCGUACACGGGUAUGCUGUGUUCUGUCAAUGUUCCGAUCUUAAGAAUUAUCAAUUGAUAGACUUUAUCAAGUCAUCGUGUGCCAAACUAAGGGAGAUUUUUCUCAUUAAUUGUCCUCUUCUUACUGAAAGAUUAAUCGACGAAAUCUACAAAAUUCGCAGCAGUGAACAUGCCACCACAAGUCCUUUAGUUAUCAAACUUGACGAUUGUCCAAAUCUCUGGACAUACUACGAGAAAAAUUUUACCGAUAUUUGGCAACGCAAGCAAAAUGUCUUGAGAGUGGAAAUAUUGCAGCGAUCGUUUUGCCCCAAUGAAAACGUACAAUUUCUGUUCCGUCAAAGCAACAAAGUCCAGUGAGCACUUAAACUCUUGACUCUUUUUUUUUUACUCAUCUCGAUAACAGUUAGGACAAUUCGGAAAUGUUUCUUUGAUAUAUCACUGAAAAUUAUUAAUAUAAAAAAUAAAAAUAAAAAAUAACGACAAA